UCUCUUUUCUUCUUUUUUCUUCUGUGCGGCAUCAUCUUCCACAUCCAUGUUCCGUUCCUCCUCCUUCUUCUCUUCCGGGGAGGAGGUUCCCUCUGCCUUUGCCCUCAGACAGGGAAACCCCGCUCACACUCACACUCACACUCACACACAGAGAGAGACAGAACGAGAGAGAGAGAGAGAGAGAGAGGAAGGAAGGAAGGAAGGAAGGAAGGAGGAGAGAAGAAGAGAGAAGAAAGGCCGGACGGACGGGCUUUUGUCCUUCUUCUUCUCCUUCCAGGCCAGAAAAAGGCAAGACCGGCUUCUCUCCUUUCUCCUUCCCUUUCUUUUUUUCAUUCCUUCUUUCUUUCUCUUUCUUUCCUUUCAUCUUUCUUUUCCUUCCUUUCAUUUGUUCACUCCUUCUUCCCUUCCUUUUAUUCUUUCUUUUUUCUUCCUUUCUUCUUUCCUCUCCGUACCUUCCCUUUAUUUCCUUCCUGUCUUCUUCCCUUCCUUUCGUCUUUCUUUUUUCUUCCUUCCUUUCCUUUUAUUCUUUCUUUUUCUUCUGUCCCUUUCUUUCUUUUCCUUUCUUCCAUUCGUUCACUCCUUCUUUCCUUCCUUUCCUUUUAUUCUUUCUUUUUCUUCCAUCCCUUCCUUUCAUUCCUCUCCAUCCCUUUCCUUUAUUUCCCUCCUGUCUUCAUUCAUUCUUCCCAUCCCUUUCUUCUUUCUUUUCCUUCCUUUCUUUUGUUUGUUCCUUCUUCCCUUCCCUCAAAGCCCACCCGGGAAGACCCUCGACAUGCCGGACGGAAGCCGAGCAGGUCAGGAGCGGGGAAAAGAAAGAAGGAGGCAAAGGAGGAAAAACGGAAAGAGGGGAAGAAGGGAAAGAAAGAAAGAAAGAAAGAAAGAAAGAAAGAAAGAAAGAAAGAAAGAAAGGGGAAGGAAAAGAAAGAUGGGAUGGGAAAGAUGGAAAGAGAGGAAGGAAGGAAGGAAGGAAGGAAGGAGAAGAAUGGAAGGAAAGAGGAGGGAGGGAAGGAUGGAAAGGAAGGAAGGAAAAAGAAGUCAGGAUGGAGAGAUGGAAAGGAAGGAAGGAAGGAAAGAAUGAAAGAAAGAGAAUGGAAGGAAGGAUGGAAUGGAGGGAAGAAAGAAGGAAGGAACAAAGGAAGGAAAGAAAGAAAAAAGGGGAAGGGAAGGAUGGAAAGAAAGGAAGAGAGGAAGGGAAGAAUAAGAAAGGAAAGGAUGCUGGCGUUGCUCUUUUG